UUCGCAUUUAUUACUGAGUAAAAUUUCGGGAUGUUGAAUGUGAUUUGUCAUUUCUCGUUUCCAAAUGGAGUCGAUAUACCGAAAGAACUGCAUUUAUUGGUCGUAUCCAUUGGAUGAAGAUAUGCUUCAGUUGCUGAUCAUCGGAUAUGUCAUCUACGAGAUUAUUCGUUUAUCAAAUUUACCGGAUGCUGGAAGUUAUGCGCUACCACAGCCACAACCAUCACUUCCGGUUUUCCUUUUAAAUUUCGUCAAAACUGCUUUUACAUUCUUUCCUCGUAUCCGAACACUUUGA